CAAAAUGCAUAUAUAAAGAGUGACCAUGUAAACAAAAUGUAUACAUAUUUCAUUCUAUUCUACUACUACAAUAUCGAAAAACCUAGCAAGUAAAAAUUAUAUUGAAUCACUACUUUUUUUUUUUUUGGGCAAAAAUGGUCACCAUCAACGGGAUACCGGCUCAACGGGCCGUGGGCCCCGCCACCAUCUUGUCCAUCGGAACAGCCAAUCCUCCAAAUUGUUUCGAUCAAAGUACCUAUGCUGACUAUUUUUUUCGUGUUACUAAUAGUGAACAUAAAGCGGAGCUUAAGGAGAAGUUUAAGCGCAUGUGUGAAAGAUCAAUGAUUAAAAAGAGGUACUUUCACUUAACGGAGGAAAUUUUGAAAAAAAAUCCUAAUAUUUGCAAGUACAAAGCACCUUCCUUGGAUGCUAGGCAACAAAUUGCGAUCGUUCAAGUGCCAAAACUUGGGAAGGAGGCAGCCCAAAAGGCCAUCAAAGAAUGGGGUCAAUCCAAGGAUGAAAUUACCCAUUUGGUCUUUUGCACCACUAGUGGUGUGGAUGUUCCGGGGGCGGACUAUCAACUCACUAAGCUUCUUGGACUUAGUCCAUCAGUCAAGCGAUUCAUGAUAUACCAACAAGGUUGUACUGGUGGUGCCACUGUUGUUCGAUUAGCCAAGGACUUGGCUGAGAAUAACAAGGGUGCUCGCGUCCUUGCUGUUUGCUCAGAAAUUAGUAUGUUUUGCUUUCAUGCCCCAAGUGAAACUGAAACAGAUGUUUUGAUUGGACAAGCUCUCUUCAGUGAUGGGGCAUCAGCUAUCAUUGUUGGUUCGGAUCCAGUUCUGACGAUGGAGAGGCCUUUGUUUCAAAUUGUAUCUGCAACUCAAACUCUCCUCCCAGACAGUGGACAUGCAAUUAUAGGUAGCCUUACUGAGGCUGGUCUGAUAGCUAAAAUACAUAAGGAUACUCCAAUGUUGAUCUCAAAAAAUAUUGAGAGGAUUCUAGUAGAAGCAUUCCAACCUCUUGGAAUUUCUGAUUGGAACUCCAUCUUCUGGGUUUCUCACGCAGGCGGACGCGCAAUCUUGGAUCAAAUUGAACUAGAGUUGGGUCUAAAGCCUGAAAAACUCAGAGCUACAAGGAAUGUUAUGAGUGAUUAUGGGAACAUGGGCAGUGUUAGUGUGUUGUUUGUUUUGGACGAGAUGAGGAAAGUCUCUAUCAAAGCAGAAUUAGGUACCACCGGUGAAGGCCAUGUCUGCUGGGGUGUGCUUUUGGGUUUUGGACCUGGGUUAACUAUUGAGGCAGUUGUCCUUCGCAGUCUAUCUGUUUAGGUUGGGAUAUAUGGCGGGGACUUAUAAGUACAAAAUAAGAUUCAUAUUAACCAAAUGUACCAAAUAUAGCUGGAGUUCGUUUGUUUUCUAAACAUAAUUGGAAAUCAGAAUCUCAUUCAAGACUUAGAAUUCAGCUUA